AAGCUUCUUCAUGUUGCGAAGUCUGAAGGGCGACUAUAAGUUAUCCUAACAGGCUAUGCUACAAACAUUCAGAGGGCUACAAGGAGCCCAAGGUCAAGAUGACAAUCACCAAGCGUCUGAAACAUUGGUGGAAAGUGCUGACUGGUAAAAGGGUUCAUAAGCGCUACAUUACAAUCGGAACGUUUUAAUGAUUUAAUAUGAAUUUGAGGUACAAUAAAAUAAAACUCUAUACAAAGUUGAGAAGAAUAUCUUUGAAAGAGAACAGGACUUAGAUGAUAUUAUAUUCAUGGUUGGGUGCAUGCAGAAAGACUUGGACUCUUCUUACUGGACAAGAGAAGUGUUACAUCGUGAUAUAUUCUAAUCAGGAUGUGUACAAGAAACCAUAUCUGAAGAAGUUCGGCUCUCUGAGACUUCCAAACAUCAAGAAGUUAUCAGUAGUCAAAGAUAAGCAGAAAGAUAGGAUGGUUUAUGAAAAAUAUUUCUCUCCACUUAAACACGAAACCAACUUUUUGGAACUCUCAGCUAAUAAUGAGGGUGGUAAACUUGGAUGGCUCCUCCCAUUGAUCGUGAAGAAUACCCUGAAACUGGAAAAACUAUAUUUUAACUAUUUUAUGAUAUCAAUGAAGGAGCUAAAGAGAAUCUUCAGUGCUUCGGACUCAGUUAAAUAUUUGUUCUUUCAUCAAUGCAAUUUUGUGGAUGCUACAAACUUGGAGAUGGUUAAGCCUCCAGUUGGCUGGCAGAAAAGAAGAAAAGAUACACAAAACAUUCUGGCCAUAUUAUGUGCUUUCCCAGCAACCAUUGAAGAAUUCGAUCAAAUGUUCAGAAGGUUUUAUCCAGAAGCAAAUAUCCAAGUUCUCAUGAAUUUGAUCCCCUCAUUUUCUGCUAGGUAUCAUCCUAAAUAA